AUGAUACCAUAUCGAAAUUGCGAAGUAUUCGCUAGUGUCAUUUUCUUUUUUGUAAUCAAAAUUUUCUGUAGUUUGGCUAUCUGGUAUCGCGGUAUGUAUAGGAAGCAACCGACUUUAACGAGUAUACCAGAGCGCAACGAGAACGAAGAUGAGCAUCUAACUAAUAAAUGGGUGCCGAAGAAAAAACACGAGGUGCUUAAAGCUAAGUAUAAAUGUCUUAAGAAACUCUUCCAAAUAUACGAUGCAAGCGUGAUUGGGAUUCUGCCUGAAUCGUACGGCCCCGAAGGCUACUUAGAGGAGGAUAUUAAGGCCAACAAGAAGAGGAAGAAGCGGUCGCAUCGCACGAAGACUGACGCAUGCGCCGGGACCACCGAAGUCUCCAGCGGCGACGCCACAGUCCACACUGACACGGAGAAGGAAUCCAUCGCGACCGCCGUCAUCAGAGACUUGAAAAUGACUCAAUGUUCUUGCACUUCCACGCAGAUGGAGUCGCUAGUGUCCAAGGACAACAAGUACUCAGCCACACAGGAGUCCAAAGAAAACAUGACUGAAAGGAACUCAUCGGUAGACAAAAACUUGAUGGUAGAACAGCCCGUGGGGCCGGAACGGCGAGAAUGCGAGUUCACACAGACGAGCGAACCUCAUCAGCACCCUCACCCGCCGAUCCCCUUCCUCAUGAUCAAUGAGAAGCGAAAGCUGACCCGGUUCCAGUGCUUCAUACAGCGAAUCUUCGGUAUUCGUCGGGAAAGACCGUAUAAGAAUUACGUGUUACCGAACGGCCAUGUGUAUGCUGCCAGCGAUAAUAAUAUCACGCAUAACUUUUGCGAGAAGAGACGGCGAAGGGGGCUGAGGUUCAGGAGGCUGCGGCGGCCGAAGAAGAUACAGUCUGAGAUCGCACUGAGGGAUGUCAACAGCCCAGUGAUCUUGACUUAUGUCCAAUCGGUUCAGAGGAGUUGUUUAAUGGACACCACGCCGAGGCAGUGUCCUAUUUUGGGAUGCUGCAUGCGCUCUUACGGCAUUAUAAAUUACAACGACCACCUAAACCUCUGCCACUUCCCCGACAGAAAGUUCAUAUGUCAUUACUGCCACGAGGGCUUCGAGAGAGAGUACGACAAGUUUGUCCACGAGAAUGAACACAUCGGCAUCACCAAGCUGGGAGCCACCAACAUCUCCACCCCUUCAACCGAUCGACAGACCCUCAAGAAGGCCAGUAACACCCAAACCGACCCCGAGUUGACGAAAUGUGAUGUUCCAGAAGAUAAAUUGAAGAAAAUCGUGUCGUUCUUCGAUAAAAUCUCUGACCCGGACCAAAUUUUGACGGAAAUCAAGAAGAAUAGAUUCUCUGAAUCUAACCUGCAGAAUUCUAAAUCGGGGACCAAUGAAACGGCUGAAUCGUCGGAUUCUGACAAGAGGACGGUUAGCUGCGUGAACCUACAUCGGAAGGUGGAUAAGUCGAAGUGCGCCUCAUCUGCUGAAUCCGAGGUGACUUCGAAACACCAGUUCAGCUCGCCUAUCACUUGUCACAUUUGUGGAGAGACUUUCAAUUACAGGCGACAGCUAAGCCUUCAUGUAGACCUGGAACACCGAGUCCACGACAAGUUCUCCAAGUUUCACAGCUGCGCCGCCAUCCUCAGCAACAGAGCCACGAAUCGAGUCGACAUGGUCUCCGAAGACGGCAAAAUCAAAGUCCAAAGCAUAGACAGGUCUCACUCCGGGAUACGGAGGUCAACUUCAAGUCUUAGCCAAGACACGUAUUCAGAAGUUUCCAGAAGGAAGUCUGACGAAAGCUUGAGCUGCGAUCCCUCCACGAAUAUAGUUUACUAUACUUCUAUGGAGACAGUUAAGAAGCCGUCAAUGGUGAAUAGCAUUGUCAAGAAAGUUCGGAGCGGCUUCAACAGUUAUAAGUGGGAGCCGGGUACAAAAAUUAUUCGUGUGUAGUCCGUCUUGUGAA